AUGCUGUGCAAAUAUGGGAGUGACGAGCACGGUGAAGCCAGCAGAACAUCGAGUGACGUGGACGCGUCUACUGAAGCAGAAGAUGGUGGCGUUGGCGGUGCCCAUGGAGCGUCGAGCGGGAAGGAGCUCCGAGAGCUCGGCGAGAGUAAUACUUUCAAGAUCGAGAUGCGCUGGCGCAGCGGGGGCCGACAAAGGCGGACUCAGGGACUCAGCUACCGCGAGGAGAUCGGACACAUGGCCGAAGCGGAGCUCGACUCUUCGGGGAUGGGUGAGUGUAUCAAGAAUCGCAAGCCGUCGGAAAGCUUCGCAGUCUGCACGCUUCUGGACCCGUAUCGACCGAGCCCGAUCGCUGAUGAAACGGUUGAGGGCAAACACCCAAGAAGCUAA